AGUGCGCGCAAGCCGACUGUACAGCCCAACUUCUUCCACCCCAAUCUUCUUCAUCUCCGUCUAGUCGCAGCAGCGCCGCCGGCGGAGGGAGGGCCCCCGAUCCGAUCCCCACCUGCGAGUUCCUUACGUUACGCGCCGCCGGAAGCCCGUCUUCACACUGCUUGAGGUGAGUGACGCUUCCCCUCGGGAUCUCCCGCGCCUCCUCCUCUCCCGUCUCUCCCUCCAGAUCCCAGCUUGUUCUCCUUCAGAAGCUGCUCUUGCAGUUGCAGGCUGCACCACUGCUGACCGUCCUAGAUCCAAAUCUCCAAGCGUUCUGAGUGCGCAAGGUUCGCGAGGAUGCCGAAGGCUGCGGGGGAUGCCAAGCUCCUGAUCCAGUCCCUGAACAAGGCCUAUGCCGCCACGCCCACAAAUCUCAAGAUCAUUGACCUGUACGUGGUUUUUGCCGUGGUGACUGCCCUUCUUCAGGUUGUUUACAUGGGAAUAGUUGGGUCAUUUCCCUUCAACUCUUUCCUCUCUGGUGUCCUGUCAUGCAUAGGAACUGCGGUGCUUGCUGUGUGCCUCCGUAUUCAAGUCAACAAGGACAACAAGGAAUUCAAGGAUCUUGCUCCAGAAAGGGCCUUUGCAGAUUUCGUCCUGUGCAGUCUGGUGCUCCACCUGGUGAUCAUGAACUUCCUCGGAUAAGCCACCGUCCUACGGGCUUUCGAGAUUUUGUAGUGUCCUGAUGUUUGAGGCUGUCAUCAUGUUAGAUGUUCAUGUGGUGUCACACAACUGUCUCUGUAAUCCGAGAGUUUCUCUGUGAGCUAUAAUAAUUUUUUGGAUUUAGUAUUAGCAAUGUAUGAAAAUGAGAACUCAAUUUCUUUUGAGGAGGUGAAACUGGCAAGAUCACUUCAAUAUUGAUUGCCCGGACCAUUCUUCUUUA